CUGAGCUGGAUGCGGAGGUGCUACAAGUGCGAGUCGAGUUGAGGCUUGACUGACCGAAAACUCUUGCGUUUGCUCAUCGCUUGUGAAUGUCUGCUAUCAUCUGCUUUCGAUGUGCUCUAUUGUCUAUCUAUUCUCCGCGGUUCACUGUCUAUCUAUCAUCUGCGCUUUGUUGUCUUGUAUAUAUACAUGCCGUCGCUAUCAUUGAGCAUACCCUUCGUUUAGCAGUCAGUAGAACCAAACUCGUUGGGUUGCUGGCGAUAUAGACGGAUCAUAAUCACGCAAGAUGAGGUUCAACGGUGUAUGGUACAGCUGGC